AUGUAUGCUCAGUCCGGCCUUCAAAACACUGCUGCAUACCAGCCUGAGAUACCUCAACGCUCUCCGUUUCAGCCCAAAGGCCAUCAGUCCUAUCAGCAGCACACUGCCGGAGCUACUCAAGGCACAAGCCAGUCAUCGUUGAACAUGUCAGAUCUCAAGGCCAGCCUCCCAACUCAAGCAGCUCUCGACACUGGACCCGCCGAUGCUGCUCAACUGGCAUACGUGCAAGCAAACAUGUUUCCCACCUACUACGGCUCAAACACCCUCGGUAACAGCUAUGCCUGGCCCUACGUUCCUGCUACAACUCCUGUGGACGUUCCACGUCGACCGUCUUGGUCCUCCGAAGACAACAAUGCCCUCAACCAGGCUGGUGCUCAGGAGUACUACCCACACAUGCCCUUCUAUCCCGUGUCGGCUGUUCAGAGUCAGCACUACAUUGCAGGCCCCAUCCAGCCCAUGAAGUGUGCAGACAACAAGUCAUACGAGAUGGUCAACCUUGAUGAGCUUGUUGCUCGAGAUCCUCCCAUACCGCGUGCGGUUCCAGCUCUGUGGACAAAUCAGGAAGAACUCAGCUUGGCCAAGUGUCUCCAGAAUCCCGAAGGCAUCACCAAUGUCUACAUCCGAGGUUUCAUGCCAGACACUACUGACACUGACCUUGACCACUGGGCGUCUCGCUUCGGUGAGAUCGAGUCGUGCAAAGCCAUCAUUGAGCAAGACACCGGCAAGUGCAAAGGUUUUGGCUUCGUCAUCUACGCUCAGAAGUCUCGCAACUCCCGCCUGAAGGACCUCGAAGACAAGGCAUCGACAAACAUCUACUGCACUGGUGUUCCGAUCGAAUGGAACGAAUCCGACCUAGCUAACCACUUCCGUCCGUACAACGCCAUCUCCACAAAGAUCUGUCGCGAUGUUCCCUCAGGUGUGAGCAAAGAGGUCGGCUUUGCGAGAUUUGAAUCUCGUGAGAUUGCAGAGCGUGUCAUUCGAGAAUAUCACUCGUAUCACGUCGACCACGAUGGUGUCAAGCUAUGUCUGCGGUUUGCCGACACCAAAGCACAGAAGCAGCUCAAGCAACAGAGUCAAGAACGCCGCAACUGGCGAAGUCGCGAGUACAGCUACUCAGUCGAACACACUCCGUCGCCUACUGUCAUGAGACUGCAGGGAGCUGCUCAUCAUCCCAGUCCUAACGGCAGCUAUCAAUCUCCAGCUGCAGCCAGUCACAAUUUCACUCCUGCUACGUCCGUCUCACCUCCUGAGACUGCUGGCACCAAGAUCAUGCCGAAAGUUGCUGCAAAUGCUUGGCCCAUGCAGGGAGGUCUUCAGUCCAUCACCAAUUCUGCCUCUGUUCGUGCCCAACAGAUAAGCGGUCGCGGCUAUGUCGACACCACCAAGCAUACCUCGGCCGAUGCCGUUCCCGAGGUCAACGAGCCAAAGGUCAAGGCCGAAAAGUCCAGCCCGGAGAAGGUCGAAAGCCGCAGUGAAUCCGUCACCCGCAAGGAGAACAUCUCCAGUCACAUCUGA